AUGAGCAAAAAUUUUCGUUUGUCGUCACCUGAAAAAAUUGAAAUUGUGAAAUGGUACGCCGUUUACCAAAAUGCAACUGAAGUUGCUCGUCAAUUUCAAAAUCGUUUCGAUCGAACUCCUCCAAUAUCAAAGAACAUUUUGAGUCUUGUAGGAAAAUUUGAUGAAACCGGAAGCGUCGAAGAUAGACCUCGAUCUGGUCGUUCUAGAUCUGUUAGUACCGACGGUAACAGAAAACGUGUUCGUGCUGCUUUUAAAGAAAGUCCUGAAAUUUCAACAAGAAGAGCUACUUUGGAACUGAAUCUGCCUAGAAGUAGUCUUCGACGAAUGAUGAAGGAGCUGGGAUUGAAGUCUUAUCGUCCUCAAUUACUCCAUGCUUUGAACGAAGACGAUCCUGACAGACGUUGUGAAUUUGCCGACAUCUUUCUGAACUUGUUAGCUGACGACUCUUCCUUGCUUAAUCGAAUUGUUUGGACUGAUGAAGCCAUUUUCAAGUUGAAUGAUCAUGUCAAUCGACAUAAUUGCGUUUAUUACGUCGUAGAAAACCCUCAUGUCAUCAUUACUCAAGAAAUGAAUACACCGGGCAUCACUGUCUGA